GGACAGAGGCGAAAAGGAGUGUAAACAAGAGCGUGAGAAAAGAAAGAUAGAGGCAGCAGCGUCUCUGUCCAGCUGCUUGCCAGAGCCAUACCGAAAUGCUCUCAACUUCUCCAUGGAAACCCUCCGCUCCGUCAGCGUCACUCCUCCGUUUCCUGCGCGCUCAAUCUGAGUCGGCCCUGUUUUUCACAGCAAACCACCCGUCAGGAUGCCGCCAUGCAUCUUCGAAGGCUCCGACUCGUCCUCGAUCUAGUUUCUUCUCAUCGAAUGAUCCGUUGGGCUGGACAAGCCCUGAUCCCCUACCAUGCAGAGCAACCCUAGAGGCGGGCUUCUUUCCUACCCCCAACUUUGGAUCUCGAAACCGCAUCGCUUCCCGAUCCCGAACGAAUCUAGGCUCAUCCACCCCUACCAAUGCGUUCCAUCCUUUCUCGAGAUCGGCACCCUUGCGAGCGGCGUCUACUAAGAGCCGUUCCUUCUUUCGCAAGCUUUGGGAUUUCAGACGUGACAAGGCGGUCACUGAUGCGAAGCUGAAUCCUAUGGGUGGACCGGCGAUUUUUGACGACGGGGUGGACGGAAGUUUAAGUGUUGCACGAGCGCUGGCAGCCAAGGCCUCAAAUGAACUGCGUCUUCGAUGCACGGAGUUUGAUCUUAACGGGAAUGUGACCCUGAUGAACGGAGAUUUUAAGAAGAGCGAAUUGAUCGCCAAGUAUGGUCUUCUGCCGCGCGAUCUUCGCAAAAUCGAUUCCUCGACAUUGCCUCACAUCUUUGUGCGUCCGAGCACCAUCCUUAUCAACCUUCUCCAUCUUCGCGUCCUUAUCAAAGCGGAUCGCGUCCUGGUCUUUGAUGCGUACGGAUCAACCGAUUCUUAUAUGCAGUCAUUAUUUGUGUAUGAUUUGGAAGGAAAGCUACGACAGAAGCAGCCCCAGGGCGCAGGUGCCUUGCCUUAUGAGUUCCGGGCUCUAGAAGCCGUCAUGAUUAGCGUCACCACCGGCCUGGAAGAGGAAUUCAAUGGUGUUCGAGAGCCAGUUGUGCGUGUUCUCCGAGCCCUAGAAGAAGAUAUUGAUCGGGACAAACUGCGACACCUCCUCAUUUACUCCAAGAAGCUAGGCACCUUCGAACAAAAGGCGCGACUGGUUCGAGACGCAAUCGACGACCUACUAGACGCUGACGAUGACCUUGCUGCCAUGUACCUGAGCGAGCGAGCGAAGGGUGUCCAGCGAGAGGAGCAGGACCACCAGGAAGUUGAAAUGCUUCUAGAAUCAUAUCACAAAGUGUGCGAUGAAAUUGUACAAUCUAGUGGCAACCUGGUGACUAGUAUCCGCAACACAGAGGAAGUAGUCAAAGCUAUUCUCGACGCUAACCGCAACUCUCUCAUGCUCCUCGAUUUGAAAUUCAGCAUCGGCACCCUCGGGCUCGCAACAGGAACAUUAUUCUCCGCCCUUUACGGCAUGAACUUGAAAAACUUUAUCGAGGAAUCCGAUCUCGGCUUUGGGGCCGUCUCAGUCACCUGCUUUGCCAUCACCGCGAUCGUCUGCGUCUACGGACUCGCAAAGCUACGUAAGCUGCAACGCGUCCGGAUGUGGGGUGAGGCUGGCGUUGGCGGCACCCCCAUCGUCCCUCUCCACUCUAGAAGCGCCGCACUUACGGGCCGAGCAAAUUGGCGAGCCGAUUCGAUCGAGCCGGUCUGGAGCAGUCUUCCCGGUGAAGGCCGCGCGGAGCGCAUGAAACGUCUCAGGGACGGGGCGGCCGCAGCUGCAGCUCGGUCUGCUGCGUCGGACGCGGCUCGGUCUGCGGCUUCCACCGCGGCGUCGCAGAGAGCUGCUUCGCUGAAGCAGGUCCUGAAUUUCCCCUCUGCAGCUGGGUCCGGUUCGCCAAAGAGUGGCGCACCGGGAACGCAAGAGGCCGAUAUACAAGGCAAUUCCUCCACAUAAAUCUCAAUGCCCAACCAUCUCCCUUUCUCUUCCGUGUUAUGCUCAUGUUCAUGACAUACACACAUAUCGCUAACUGUAUGCAUUAUCGAUUUCCACAUUGAGGUUUUAAUUCAUCCAAGACAGGAAGGAGUCUGGGUUUGUUUUGUGCUGCUUAUCGAAUGACUGAUACCUACCAGUCCACCUACUAGUAGGCUGUAUGAGUGACUGGUGCAUCUCUCUCUCUACUCAUGUACUAAUUUUUUUUUUCUCGACUUCGCUUGUUCCGGAUUGGAUCUUGGAUUUUUUUUUUUUUUUUUUUUUUUU